AUGAAGCUGCUUCCUGUCCUGACCUGCCUUUGUCUCCAGGUGGCCCUGGCCUGCGGGAACUUGCUGCAGUUCGGAGUGAUGAUUGAGAGGAUGACAGGGAAGCCAGCCCUGCACUACAAUGACUAUGGCUGCUACUGUGGCAUUGGCGGCUCCAACUGGCCCGUGGACCAGACAGACUGGUGCUGCCAUGCCCAUGACUGCUGCUAUGAGCGCCUGCAGAAGCUGGGCUGUGAACCCAAGCUGGAAAAGUAUCUGUUCUCUGUCAACGGACACAGUAUCUUCUGUGCUGGCAGAACCGCCUGCCAAAGGCAGACCUGUGCGUGCGACAAGAGGGCUGCACUCUGCUUCCGCCACAACCUGGGCACCUACAACCGCAAAUAUGCCCAUUACCCCAACAAGCUGUGCACUGGACCCAGCCCACCCUGCUAA